AUGCAGGUGGCACCGCUCCUCUCCUCCCCUGCGGUGCCCACCUUUUCAAAGUUCCGGGAGCCUCCCGCCGCGCUCUCCGAAGAGUGGCGCAGCUGGUCGACCGCGAACUCCGUGAGCGCGGCCGAACUCUCCAACGCCGCAAUCCGGCACGCACUCGCGGUGACCCGCUUUUGCAGCGCGCGCUCACUCGGCUGCACGUGGGCGGAGCACCACGCGCUGCUGGACAUGAGUCGCGCGCCAUACGCUCACCUGUACGACCAGCACACCGUCCCGAGCGAGGCGCGUCCCGACGCCACGAGCUGCGCGCGGCUUCACCGCCCGAACGCCUCGCAGCUGCUCGCGCUGGUCCGCGACUCGCAGCCGGCAGUGCUCACCGGCCUCCUGGACGGCUGGCCGGCAACGCGCAAGUGGACCGACGAGUACCUCGCGGCCGCACUCGGCGAGCGCAGAGUGGCGCUCUCGGUCACAGAGGGCGACUCUUGA